CUUUUUUCUUCGCUGCACCAUUCGGAUGCAGAAUUAAAGAUGGCAGCCGCCUUGGUCCAAACGUGUCAUGUUUCUUGUUGCGCUAAUCGCACUCCACACGUUCUUUCUUGGGGAAGAGGGGGUUUAAUUGCUUUCGGAACGUGCAAUUCUGUUGCUCUGUAUGAUCCAAAGAGAAUAAGAAUCAUUUCCCUCCUGAAUGGACAUACUGGGAGGGUAAACGCGGUGCAGUGGGUACACAGAGAAGACUGUGGUCCAGAGACUCAUCUGGUAUCCGGAGGAUCUGACAAUCACAUUAUUGUUUGGGAGGCUCAAGAUGAACAGAACAGUGUUCCGUUUGCCCUGUCUGCACAAUGCCUGGGCCACACAGCCCCAGUGUUUGCAGUGGAUGCCAUUUACCUGAAAGGAGAGGAAUCCUCACAGAUACUCAUAGCAUCUGCUGCUUCAGACUCCACUGUUAAAAUCUGGCUGUACCAGUGUAGCCAAGUUCAGUGCCUGCAGACGAUGCCCCUUGGGGGUGGCUUCAUGAUGGACGUGUCGCUAGCGCUGCUGCCGGACUGUGCAGUUCCCAUCCUGGCCUGCGGGGGCGAUGACAACAGCGUCCACCUCUAUGUACAGCAUGACAGAGAGUUUAAGAAGAUGCACUCGCUGCACGGACAUGAGGACUGGGUCCGAGGACUGGAAUGGGCUGCUGUCGAAGGGGGCAUUUUAUUGGCCAGCUGUGCUCAAGACUGCCUGAUACGCAUAUGGGGGGUGUUCGCUAAGGGGGCUGGUGAUGACGACGAUGGCGGCGGUGAGGACGUGAUCAGGCUGAAGGAGGACGCCUUCGACGUGAGAACAGACGACGGCGCAGCCCUGCGAUUCGCUGUGACCCUGGAGACGGUGCUCGCCGGCCAUGAGAACUGGAUCUACGGCGUACACUGGCAGCCUUCGGUCGUCACAGGUGGCAGCGUACAUCAACCCAACAGCCUGCUGUCUGCAUCGAUGGACAAAACCAUGAUCCUGUGGGGUCCAGAUGAGGAGUCGGGUGUGUGGCUGGAGCAGGUGCGUGUUGGCGAGGUGGGGGGGAACACGCUGGGAUUCUAUGGCUGCCAGAUGAGCCCCGAUGGAUCCAUGAUCGUAGCACACGCCUUUCAUGGCGCUCUGCACCUCUGGCGCCGGGAUGAUGCUGACCAGGGUAACUGGACCCCAGGGGUGGUGAUAUCUGGACACUCUGGCGUGGUUCAGGACCUCAGCUGGGACCCCGAUGGAGAUUUUCUGGUCACUGUGGGCUCUGACCAGACCACCAGGAUGUUCACGCCAUGGAAGCGGGAUAGGCAAGCAGAGAUGACAUGGCAUGAGGUAUCCCGGCCCCAGAUCCAUGGUUACGACAUGCAGUGCCUCACUAUGGUGGGCCGGUUCCAGUUUGUGUCUGGGGCAGACGAGAAAGUGGUACGUGCGUUCCGGGCCCCGCGGAACUUUGUGGAGAACUUCGCGAGCAUCACGGGCGUGAGCCUGGACAGGCUGCUGGCUGACAGUGAAGCUUCCGGCCUUCCGGAAGGGGCCAGCAUUCCCGCCCUUGGCCUCUCCAACAAGGCUGUGUACCGAGGUGAUCUGGUGCCCCCCAGCAACAAAGCGGAGCAGGACUACAGCAGCGUGUCGGAUCAGUACCCGGAGUCUUACUUCCUCCCCCUCAGCAUGACGUGUCCGCCCCCAGAAGACCACCUGCUCCAGAAUACACUGUGGCCUGAGGUGCAGAAGCUGUAUGGACACGGCUUCGAGAUCUUCUGCUUAGCGUCCAACAGCGCAAAGACGGUGGUCGCGUCCGCCUGUAAGGCCUCCCGGCCGGAGCAUGCCGCCAUCUUGCUGUGGAGCGUUUGCAGCUGGAGGCAGCUGCAGACCUUGGCUUUUCACAGCCUGACCGUCACGCAGAUGGCUUUCUCCCCCGACGGCUGCUUCCUGCUGGCUGUGUCCCGCGACAGGACCUGGUCGCUAUGGAAGCAGCAGGAUGCUAUGCCUCCUGCCUCCGGGCCCACGUUCGCCCUCUGCGCCCACACAAGUAAGAACACAUCGGUACAUGCCCGCAUCAUCUGGUCAUGUGACUGGAGCCCAGACAGCAAGUUCUUCAUCACAUCAAGCCGGGAUAAGAAGGUCAUCGUCUGGGGUGACUGCAGCCGCCUCCAUGCCACUGGGGAAAGCAGCCCCGCCUCCCUCGGUCCCUGCUCCUCUAUCCUGGACGUCGGCGACUCCUGCACAGCCGUCAGUUUCUGCCCCGUCUCCUGUCGCGACGACAGUUACCUCCUGGCUGUGGGACUGGAGAGCGGGAGAAUCGCGCUGUUUAUGUGGAGCCCCCCGACAGACCCCUCUGCUGGAGAAGACUGGACCGCAUGUGGAGAGCUGGACAGCUCCCAAAGUCACACCCUGACGGUGAAGAGACUCCGCUGGAGACCCAGGAGGGGGCGGGCCGGCCAUGAGGACGAGGCUGGGGACAGUGGCUGGCUCCAGCUAGCCAGUGCUGGUGCAGACCACUCCGUCAAAAUAUUCAAUGUCAACAGCCUGGCUCUGUAGGGCUCUGCUCUCUGCUGGCAGAGGUCACGGUCUCGUCGGGCCAGAUCUACGGACAUUUUAGAAAAUACCAGAAUAUCCCUGGUUGGGACUAAGCCAGUUUUGUAUAUUGUGAAGCAGGAAAAUAAAUCAAAGGUUAUGUAAA